CCCAUUUUCUGACCUCAUCAAGUCCACUAAAGCUGACGUCACCUGGACGGUGGACCGGAAUAAGGAUAAUCCCUUCAAACUGACCUUGUGCCGUACCCUCCCCCAUGAUGACCAAGAUACCUGGUUUCCAGUGUUUGGCUAAAAACAUGCCUGACCCAAUCACAGCUCGAGAGAGCAUCUGGCUGCCCUUCAUGGAGACGGAGCUGCACUGUGACGAGGAGACCAUCAUCAUAGGCCACAGUUCUGGGGCCAUUGCAGCCAUGAGGUACGCAGAGACCCACCGGGUGUGUGCUAUCGUGUUAGUGUCUGCGUACACGUCUGACCUGGGGGAUGACAACGAACGGGCAAGCGGAUACUUCAGCCGCCCCUGGCAGUGGGAGAAGAUCAAAGCCAACUGCCCUCACAUUGUGCAGUUUGGCUCCACCGACGAUCCUUUCCUUCCUUGGAAGGAACAACAAGAAGUGGCCAACAGGUUGGAAGCCAAAUUGUACAGAUUCACUGACCGUGGCCAUUUCCAGAACACAGAGUUUCAUGAAUUGGUUAGUGUGGUCAAGUCCAUGCUGGAAGUGCCAGGAUAGCCAGGGUCGUUCCUGCUGUUGUGCGUAAGGACAUGGGAGUCAGGCAACGAUCAGGUUAUGAACAGAUGACAAUCAUCCAUUAUCAGAUGAACAGCGGGCAUGCAAACCAGAUCAAAUUAAGGUCCAAAACACACACACGUUUCAAUGUUCAAACUACCUUACAAACAGUAUUUUCAUUUUCCAUAGAACCUACAUUUCCUCAAAUUGCUCUGACCGAAAACAGUAUUUUUCCCAUUUGAUAAGGGACAUGGGACAGCUUAACUGCCCUUACCUAUCCAAAGUGAAUAAGACACAAAUGAAACCCAGGUUUCCUGAUCCCUAGUCCAGAUUAAAACUAAACAGGUUUCAUGUUAUGCUGUAGGAGUUGCAUCAUAACAUGUCCUUAACAUGUUGAGAGAGUGACACACAAGGAGGUUGAGGCAAGGGUCUGCAGGGUCAGGCAGGGAUCGGUCUAAGACCAGACUGGCAAGGAUUAGGGCGACAGGGAGAACUACUCCUGGGCCCUGUCUGGAUUGUUGCCAUGUGGGAAUUUGGCAAGGCAUUGCCAGUUUUCUGAUUUUCAAGGAAAGAAAUUAAUACACUUUUGUAUUUAGGGACCAUAAGUGUAUGUAUAUGUAAUCCACAUGUACAUGAAUUACGUUCAGUCCACAGACAUAUGGGUUGUUAGUUGGCAGCUACAGCGUAAAUAAAAAAUUUGCAAACACAGCAAGACACAAAGGCCAAGCCAUCCAUGUGUGACCUCUUGCUGUAAGUAUUCACUUAGCCAGUGCUUUAGAGCUUGAGAAAAGCCUGAGAAAUAGACAUGAUGUCAAAGGAUGAAGUCAUGGGAACAGUUUGGAUUUUGUUACAAAGUCUUAAAUAUUUUUAAAAAUGAUCUUUCCAUAUCUCAGAUUUUGUUCUGUAAAGUGUUCUACCUUUUAAUUUCCAUGGUCCUUUAUAUCUCUUUCAGCAUCAUUCCAUGAUUUUUCUUCUAAUCAUACUCCCUCAAAAAUAACCCUUUUUCAUUUUCCAACGUUUUUGGCUAUUAUUAUCCCCAAGUAACAUCUCAAAACAAUUUCCAGUAAAUUCACACCUGAUAUUUGCUGCAAUAAUGUGAAUUCCCACACUGUUGAUACCUAACGAAAAUUCAAAGCCAUCAUUUGAACCUGAAAAGGCUUUUGAUUUCUAAGUGUGCUCAAAAAAUGUCAGGAGAGAUUCUCUAAAUUUUUAGCAGCAGUUAUCUUAGGGGAUGGGAAUUUUGGUAGUUAUGGUGUGGUGGACGUCUCCUUUUUACAUUAUACACCUCGGGAUUAUCUGAGUUUGUGCACUGUCUUUUAUAAUUAAAAAUAAAGAUUAAAAAGUUUAUUUGGCAAGUUAGUGAAAAACAAAGUAGAUAAAUCCAUUGAAUACUUUUCUUAGAGAAGCUGUUUAGCAUUGAUUUGACCAAGCCUAUCUAUAAUCAAAGCUUGAUUCUAUUUCAAUUAUUUGGAAGUAGUCAUUGUUCUGCAUAUUCUCUGCCUUGUUUUCUGAAGUCCUUUCUUAAAAAAAUUUACAAACUUAUACAAAUAACAGUUCAUAAUACUUUAUUGUCCUCUUCCUCUGUAGAAAAAACCAAAUAUAUACAAUUGAGAAAUAAUUUGAUAUUCUUUAUUCCUAUAAAAAUAACUUGAGGGGGGCUUCACUGGUGGCGCAGUGGUUGAGAGCCCGCCUGCCGAUGCAGGGAACACGGGUUUGUGCCCCAGUCCAGGAGGAUCCCACAUGCCGCGGAGCGGCUGGGCCCGUGAGCCAUGGCCGCUGAGCCUGUGCGUCCGGAGCCUGUGCUCUGCGAUGGGAGAGGCCACAACAGUGAGAGGCCCGCGUACCGCAAAAAAAAAAAAAAAAAAAAAAAAAAUGAGGGCUUCCCUGGUGGCGCAGUGGUUGAGAGUCCGCCUGCCGAUGCAGGGGACACGGGUUUGUGCCCUGGUCCGGGAAGAUCCCACAUGCCGCGGAGCGGCUGGGCCUGUGAGCCAUGGCCGCUGAGCCUGCGUGGCCGGAGCCUGUGCUCCGCAAUGGGAGAGGCCGCGACAGUGAGAGCCCCGCGUACUGCAAAAAAAAAAAUAA